AUGGCGGGGAAGGGGGGCGGGGCGGCAGGCAAUGGCCAGGCGCUGCCGCAGGCGCCUCGCCCGAGUUUCCUCCGGCGCCUCAGCACGGCCGUGGAUAGAGGCAUCAGCACCUUCUUCUACCGCGAGGCCAGCGUGGUGGCGGCCUACCCCUAUGCCACCAUCGUGGUCACCCUGCUGCUUGCCGCAGCCUGUGGCUCCGGCCUCUACUUCAGCAUGUCCAUGGAGCUGGACGACGUGGACCUGUACACGCCGCGUGGGGCGCAAUCGCUGAAAGACAUCGACUACGUGCUGGACACCUAUGGCACGCCGCCGCUGGAGGAUCGCGUUCUGGCUGUGUCCCGGAGGAAUUGGAAGAGAACCAAUUUGCUCCACGACAACGAAGUAGCUAAGAAGAACUUGGUGGAAUUCAUGAGGGUGUGGGAGACCAUCGCCAAUUCGUCGUCAUCAUACAACGGGGAGAACGUGACGUACGAGUCCGUUUGCUGGCGGCCGCUGCCCGUUCUGCCUUGCAAGAGGGAGAGCGUUCUGGACGCCUGGAAUUACGAUAUGGAGAAACUGCUCGCGGAUGACGACCCAAUAGCGACGCUAAAUAAAGAUAUCCGUGACAGUUACGGGCGCAUUAUCGACAAAGGCCUCCUGCUGGGCGGUCUGAAGACCUACCGGAAUGGGGAGAUAAAGUCGGCCAAAGGCUUCCAGCUUGUUCUGAGCCUGAUGGACAACAAGGAAGAGAUUGACGGUGAGACGUACGAUCCGAGGACCUCGGCCUUCGACCAGCAUCUGGUGGACAUUCUGCAAGGAUGGGAGAAAAGCAGGCUGCGACCUUACGUCACCAACAAGCAUGCCGUGGACAGGGCGAGCGACGAGCUCAUCCAGAAGGACAUCGUGAAGCUGGCUACGGGAUAUUUCAUCAUCGUCAUCUAUGGCGCAUUCAUUCUUUUCCGCAACAGCCCUGCAUUCAACAAGUCGCACCUCAUGCUCGUCAGUGUGGUGUCAAUCCUGAUGGCCAUUGUCUCCGCAUUCGGCGCCGUCCUGUGGCUGGGCUUCGACUACAACUUGGUCACCGCCACCAUCCCGUUCCUCAUGUUCGGCCUGGGCACGGACGACACUUUCGUCAUCAUGGGCGCGUACCAGCAGGUGGACAUUGACCUGCCGGUGGCGGAGCGCGUGGCAUUAGUCAUGGGCCGCGCCGGCUCGUCCAUCUUCGUGACCUCGCUCACGGACUGCAUCGCCUUCAUUGCCGGGACGUACACAUCGAUUGCCGGCAUCCAGACCUUCUGCGUCUUCGCCGCCUUUGGCAUCUUCUUCGACUUUUUGUAUCAGGUGACCUUCUUCGUGGCUUUCGUCGUGCUGGACGGCCGGAGGGAGGUCCGCGCCAGGAACGGCGCCAGCUGCGCUGGCUUCCAGUGCGGCUGCAGCCAGACCAACCACGACAUCGAGCGCGUGGUGGCGCAGUUCGACGACCCCCUGGGCAUCGUCAGGAAGAUGACGGAGAAGGCGCCCAAGCUGGACACCACGUUCUCCUUCACGGAGAACCACGUCGACGCGCCCAUCGGGGUGGCGAUGUGCAGGUCCCCGUCGGCGACGUCUCAGUCGUCCGCCAGCUGCAGCGAGAUCCAGAGCUCAGACAGCGAUGACUCAGCACGGCGGCCGGCGCCGGUUCAGCCAAAGGCGGCCAAGGUCAUGCAGAUCACCAUAUCGGAAGCAACGGCGAAGCAGAUACCUGGCAUCCCGCAUUCCAUGUCCACCGGCGCCCCCAUAUGGGGGAACAAGAUCUUCGGCAGCGGGCCCUACGACCCGCACAAGCUGCCCCUGAGGCAAAAGAUCGUCGGCACGUGGCUUCCCAACUUCACGAUGCAUCCGCUGGGCCAGGCCGUUGUGGUCCUCCUGGAGGUGGCGCUCAUGGGCGCCGCCGUCUACGGGUGCACCAAGCUCACCAUGGACCUCAAGUACCAGGAGUGGUUCACGCCGAAGGGCACCUGGAUCUACGACGGAUACAGGGUGGAGGGAAAGAUCUUCGGAGGUACGCGUGACCAGUUCGACAUCUUCACGAAGGAGGCGGAGGAAGACUACUUUUACCAUCAGAAAGAACUUCGCCGAUUGGGGGAGGCCACCAGGAACAACCCUUACGUGGUUUCCUAUCCUCCCGUCGUGGACUGGUACGACGGCUUUAUGGCCUGGCUGCCCAACUCGCCCCACAACGCCUCGCUGGUGCGCGGCCGCGCCCCCGACGCUCCCUCCUUCAACAACUGGGUCCAGGAGUUCCUGACCACGCCCGCCGGCCGCCCCUACUACGGCUUCGUCAUCAUGGACGACGCCAACGAGCGCAUCAUCUCCUCCCGAAUAGAGGGCUACACGAAGGCCACGGCGGCCCACGACGCCGUGAGCAUGGUCAAGAGCUUGAGGGAUAUGGCGGGGCGGGUGGCCGGCAGCCUGGACGCAAUCGCCUUCGGCUACAACUUCGUCUUCUAUGACGGCUUCGCGGUAGUGGUGGAGGAGAGCGUGCGGAACCUGCUGAGCGCCGGCUUGGCCAUCUUCUUGGUGACCGUGGUGACGCUGGCGAACGUGACCGCGUCGCUGGCCGUGCUGUUCAUGGUGGCCCUGACGGAGGUCGUCCUGUUGGGAACGAUGUACUGGGCGGGAAUAACCUUCAACAUGGUGUCCGCCGUCAACCUCAUCCUCUCCGUGGGCAUCGCCGUGGACUACGCCACCCACGUGGCGCACUCCUUCCUGUCGGUGUCCGGCCAGCCCAGGGAGCGGGCGAGGGGGGCGCUGGACCACAUCGGCGGCGAGGUGCUGGCAGGCGCCGUCACGACAUGGCUGGCGAUCGCCAUCAUGUACUUCGGAGAGCACUACAUCUUCCGCGUCUUCUUCGUCAUGUUCCUCACGACGGUGAGCGCCGCAGUGUGGCACGGCCUCGUGGUGCUGCCCAUCCUGCUCACCUGGAUACGGCCCCGCGCCUACAGCGACGGCCUCUCUCCCGCCCACUAG